CUCAAUCCCUUAGCUAAAUACUUCAGACUAUAAUCCAACCCUUUAUUCGAUCUCUCUUAACACUAAUUAUUUGGAAUAUACGUAGGAUGCCCAGGCCGUAGCAUAACUCUGAGUCAAGAUGGCAAUGCUGAGUGACGAUUUCAAGUACUUUAGCUCAAAUAUUAGCUGCCACAGUUUGUUGCACGCCUCGUACAGCUAUCGCUGCUCGAUGUCCAGGGAGCUGGAGGAGUGCCAUGAGAUCAUAAACUUUUUCAACUACUUCGAGCUGAUGUACUGCUAUCUGCGCAUCGACGACAGGGCGAUGGAGUCCUUUGCGUUCUUCCUGCUGCUGCUUGCCUCGUUGGCAUAUUUGUUGCUCAUGUCGAUUGUCGUCGAUCACUUCCUAACGCCCACUGUGAAGAUCUUGGCCCUGAAUCUGCGCCUCAACGAGUACUUCGCCGGCGUCACUCUGCUGGCCUUUUGCAAUUCCUCGCCCGAUUUCGUCGCCAAUCUGAUGCCCAUCCGGAAGCGCGGCGCCCUCUUCACCUGCGUCAUUGGCAACAGCCUGGCCGUGCUGCUCGUCUGCGGCGGCAUGAUCUGUUUCCUGAGGCCCUUCAAGAUCGACGGCCACAGCACCGUCCAGAACCUGCUCUUCCUCGUCCUGGCCAUCGAUCUGCUGCACUUCUUGAUAGUCAGCGAGGAAAAAGUGAGUAGGGCCGAGUGUUCGAGUAAUCCUCUUGUGCUUCUAUGUCAUCUUCCUGAUUGUCAAUAUAGCGGAUCUUCUACUCAUCAAGUAUACCAUAAAAAGUAAGU